CCACCACCACCCACUAACCACCACCACCCACUAACCACCACUACCACCACCACCCACUAACCACCACUACCACCACCAUCCACUAACCACCACCGUCGGCGUAGCAUCACCGCGACUCGACCCAUCGCCUCCUCCUCAGUCACGAACUCCACCAUGGCGCUGCACGUUCGUGACCCGGACCCCCAUCGCUGCACCACCACCACCACCUCAUCAUCAUCAUCAUCGCAGCGACUGCUUUCCCUCAUCCCCAACAUCACCACCACCAUCGUCAUCAUCGUCACCAUCGUCCUGGGUGCCGUCACCUCGUCACCCAUGGAUCUCGGCCCCACGAGGCGGCCCGAGCCUCAUCUCAGCUUCUCUGGACCUGGGCUCGACCACGAGGAUGGGGUGAUGGCGAGAUCGUGGCUUCUGCUUGGAAACGCCAUGGUCACCUCUGAGCAGGCGCGCCUGGUGCCGUCGCUCCGGGAGCAGCACGGCUCCGUGUGGACCCGCAACCCCGUGGCACUGCCGCACUGGGAAGUGGAGGUGACGCUGCGCGUCACGGGGACCGGCGGCGUCGGUGCCGACGGGAUGGCCCUGUGGUACACGGCGAACCAGGGCUCCGAGGGACCUGUGUUUGGCGCCGCCGACCGCUGGAACGGGCUGGGCGUCUUCCUCGACUCCUUCGACAACGACGGCAUGAGGAACAACCCGAUGGUGCUGGCGCUGGUGAACGACGGCACCCAGAACUACAACCACCAGACGGACGGCAUCACGCAGGCGCAGGGAAACUGCGUCCGGGAUUUCCGCAACAAGCCGUACCCUGUCCGUGUCAAGGUCUCCUACUACCGGAGCGCGCUGACGGUGAUGGUGAACUCUGGACUCACGCCCGACACCGAGGACUACGAGCCGUGUGUGGCUGUGAACAACGUGGUUCUGCCUCCGCAAGGAUACUUCGGCAUUUCCGCGGCAACUGGGGGUUUGGCCGAUGAUCACGACGUUCUGUCGGUGCAGCUGUACAGCCUGGUGGAGCCUGGCCAGGAGGAGCCGCCGGUGGUUCUCGUGCCGGGCGCUGAGGGACAGACGCUCCAGGAUGCCGCACAGGCAGCUGGGCCCGAGGGAGCUGUCAACGCGGGGGCCCAGGAGGCGACAGAGGCCAAGGAGGUGGAGUGGGCCCCGCUUGAGGCCGCCGAUGAGCAGAGGGAGGGAGGAGCGACCGCGGGAGUCUAUGUCGAUAUCGAGCGCAGCCUGCAGCAACUGCUCGAGGGUCAGAACAAGGUCCACAUGGAGAUCAAGCAGCUGGGCCGCAGCCUGGGGCUCGUGCUGGAGGAGCAGCAGCGCCAAGUGGACCUCCUGGCCCACACGACCACCGGCCGGCCCGGGGGGGUCAGUCAGCCGCUGGGAGGGGAGGCCCUGGAGGAGCUGCAGAGGCACCAGCAGGAGCUGCUGCUGCAGCUCUCGCACCUCCGGGGUGCGGUGGAGGAGGUGUCGGCACACGCAGGCACGGCGCGAGAUGCAGCCGCCGUGGGCAGGGACAACCCUUACGACAGCACGCACCACUUCACCCACAUCCGCGACACGCUGGAGCUCGUCAAGCGAGACGUCGGCAGCCUGGCUCAGCGGCCCGUGGAGCAGCCCAUGCGCUGCCCGGAGGUGCCCCCCCCACCCUCGUGCCUGCCCCCUGCAAUCUUCCUGCUCUUCCUGGCGCUGCAGACGAUCGUCAUCCUUGGCUUCCUCGCGUACAAGAACCACAGAGACGCUGCGGCAAAGAAGUUUUUUUGAACCGCCACAAGCAAGGGACGCAAGCCACCACAGCAACGGGGAACGUUUUCUAUCGAUUGGUUAAAGUUUAAUUGAAAAAAAAAAUCGAAUUGAAAAAAAACGUUUUCCUUUUUUUUUACAAAAAACGUUGCACUGGGGAGGAAUUCGUUGUGAUGCCCAGUGUCACCAUGGACCGUGUACCCUGGAGUUAGUUUAUUUUUUACCGUAGAAUAUUAGCGGCUGCAGAAAAAUGUUUUGCUGCACCUCGUGCCAUCCGCAUGACAAACCGACUCAGGAUGAAGACUGCACUGCAAUGUCCUGUUUGUAUUUACAAAUGUGUGUCUGUCCAGUCCCUUUGUAAGUGGUUCCUGGCGCGUAGAAAUUCACAGCAAGUGGAUAGAUAUGAAUUUCUCUUUCGGAGGAAACCUGUAUUAUUUGCGUACGACCGAUACGAACGCAUGCUCUGAAAUGCGACGUGAACGUAAUAAGACCGUGGAACUAAAAAUUACCUUUCAAUGAAUCGAAAAACUAAGCAACAAGCAUAAUGUAAAAAAAACACGAGAAAUAAAGUUUAAGUGCAUGAUA